AAUCUUUAGAUAAUGACAAGUCCAUGUUGGUACUAUAGAAAAACCCCAAUGAAGAAAUGGAUCGGGGAAAUCGAAGUACAGUGACAGAAUUCAUUCUUCUUGGACUCACCAAUGACCCCAAUAUACAGAUUUUAUUAUCCUUCUUCUUAAUAGUAAUCUACACAUCAGCAUUCACUGCAAAUAGUCUUCUCAUUCUGGCUGUGAGCUUUGAUCACCGUUUGCAUAACCCAAUGUACUUCUUUAUCAUUAAUCUCUCCUUCCUUAAUCUUUUCAGUCCUUCAAUAACUAUUCCAAAGAUGCUUGAACAUUCCUUAUCUGGGAAGAAAAGUAUAUCACUGGCAGGCUGCACUUCGCAGAUUUUUUUCUAUCUUCUCCUAGGACAAAGUGAAUGCAAUCUUCUGGUUCUCAUGGCAUAUGAUCGCUUUGUUGCUAUUUGUAAACCACUACGCUAUAACAUGAUUAUGGACCGGUCAACUUGCGCAUGGAUGAUCACUGUUAUAUGGACUGUGAGCUCUGUGAUCUUAACAUUUUGUAACCCAAAUAUAAUUAACCAUUUCAUUUGUGAGAUUCCUUCACUGCUGCCAUUGUCCUGCAGCGAUACCUCUGUCCUUGAUAGCAUGAGAUUUGGAGGGGGCAUUGUGUUCCUUCUUUUUCCACUCGCCCUCAUCCUUUUCUCUUACUUUAGAAUUAUUAUAUCGAUUACAAGAAUCCACUCUGGAAGAUACAAAGCAUUUUCAACUUGUUCUUCACACCUUAUUGUUGUCACUCUGUUCUAUGGGACGGCCAUGGUCCUCUACUUGCGACCACGACUUCCUGUUUCUGAUAACACAGACAAAUUAACCUCUGUAUUUUAUGUUAUAUUCACACCAGUGUUAAACCCUUUAAUUUACAGCCUAAGAAAUAAAGACGUUUUAAGAGCCAUGAGAAGAUUAGUAAGUUUGCUUUAA